UUCUCUCCCAGGCAUUGAAAAUCAGUCUAGCGUGUGCUAAACGGUGCCUCCUCUCUUCUCCAUCCACAGGCCUGGAUUGGUUGAGCGAGUGUGGGAAACACCAACUUGUUGAAAACUCACAUCACUGCAGAGCCAAGGACGGGUAUAAAUAGAGGCCGGCAAAGAGCUGGCGGGUGACUCGGGGUUAGACCAAGGAAAGCUGAUCAACGCCAGUCUGGCUAACAGCCGCUCUCCUGCUGACGAACCAAUGGCUCCAACUCCAAGCAGCCAUUGCCCCUUCCAUGUGGAGGAUGAGAAAUUGCUGGUGAAGGAAAAAAACAAGCUGAGGAAACCAGUGGUGGAGAAAAUGCGCCGUGACCGCAUUAAUAACAGCAUUGAACAGCUCAAAGUUUUGCUGGAGAGGGAAUUCCAGCGGCACCAACCCAAUUCCAAGCUGGAAAAAGCAGACAUUUUAGAAACUGCCGUCAGUUAUUUGAAAAAACAGCGUCAGACACCAGGAUCAGCCUUUGGCCUGAAAAACCCUGAGCUCGAUUUCAACACUGGCUACCUGCGCUGCUUAAGAGAAGCCUUUUAUUUUCUCUCCUUCUGUCAGCCCAAGAGGGAAACCCAAUCUCGGCUGAUUAAACAUUUCUGCAAAGUCCACAUGAUUUCCGAUGCCACCUUCUCUCUCCUCUCCACAUCUUCAUCUCCUGAGCCCAAGAAACAGUCUGCAGACAAGAAGCCCCCUCCGUCGGCCACGGCAUUGAUCUGGAGACCCUGGUAGAUGCCCUGCUGCGGCCUCUUCCCAACCACCUGCAGACUUGAAAAAUCAGCCAAGAGGGAUUUUUGAUUUUAAAGUCCCUCUUGUCCAAGUAGGAAACAUUUUAUUUCCACCGAGGAGAAGAAUUAGGUUCU